AUGAACAGUUUCUGGAUCUGCGGGUUUGUCCUUAUCUUGUUGACCCUUUGGGCCCUUUUUCGCGGCCACUUCCCCGGAUUGAGAAACCCCAGAUUGCCCCCUGGGCCUCCAUGUCUCCCAAUAAUCGGCAACCUCCAUCAAGUCCCCAAAACCGGGGCGCACUUGAAAUUCACGGAAUGGGCUGCAGAAUAUGGACCAAUAUUCUCCCUCAAAGUUGGGCCAAGCACCGUUGUCGUCCUCAGUUCCCCCUACAUGAUCAAACAGCUAGUGGAUAAGCAGUCAGCCACGUAUAGUGACAGACCCAAGUUUUACAUCGCCGACCACCUGGUUAUGCAAGGAGAUCACCUCAUGUUCAUGAGCCCUGAUCCUCGAUGGCGACGGGGCCGAAAACUGUACCAUCAGUAUUUCAAUGAGUCAAUGUGUGAGAAGAAGCAUGUCUGUGUACAAAACGCAGAGGCUGUCCAACUUCUCCGAGAUCUCUAUAUCCAACCUGAUGACUUUAUGGGUCACUGCAAGCGUUUCACAAAUAGUACCAUUAUGAGCCUGGUAACCGGUAUCCGAACGCCGACCGCUUCUGCUCCACAUAUGCGCCAUCUGUACACUGUGUUGGACGGUCUCUCCGAGAUUUUCGAGCCAGGUGCCUCUCCGCCAAUUGAUAUUUUCCCAUUCCUAGCAUGGCUUCCUGAGUCGCUAUUCAGCAACUGGAAAUCGCGUGCUCGGGGUGUCGCCCAAACCAUGGAUCUAGUUUAUGGCCCACUGGUCGACCGUGUCAUACGACGACGCGAAAAAUUCGAAUCAGGACGACACGACAGUUAUCUGGACAUGAUACUGGACCAGCAGGCAAAACUUCAGUUCACCAGGCAUGAAAUUGAUAUAAUGGUUGGGAACCUCCUUGAAGGUGGAUCCGAUACUACGUCCACCAUGACGAUUGCCUUUAUCCAGGCGAUGGCACUAUAUCCUGCUGCGCAGCAUGAGGCGCAAAGGGAGAUUGAUGUCAUUGUCGGCGAGGGCAGAUCCCCAGAUUGGGGUGACUACGCCAGCCUACCGUAUGUAGCCAUGGUGAUCAAGGAAACUAUGCGAUGGCGACCAGUUCUACCAACGGCUUUUCCACACGCCACGAGCAAAGAGAGCACGAUCGACGGAAUGGCCGUUCCCGCGGGCUCGACCGUUAUCCUCAAUGUGUGGGGAUUGCAUCAUGACGGCGUUAAACAUGUCGAUCCGGAUCAGUUUAAUCCCCUACGAUACCAAUGUCGCACCGAUCUUGCCCCCACAUACGCCUCCUCGCCCGACUAUGAGAACCGUGAUCACUAUGGGUAUGGAUCCGGCCGACGCAUCUGCCCUGGAAUUCACCUAGCGGAACGGGGAUUAUUUUUGGCUGUGGCGAAGAUUCUAUGGGCCUUUGAUAUCACGCCCAAGCACGACGCCCACGGUCAUCCAAUUCCUAUCAACGCAGAUCCAGCCACUGGCUAUACAGACGGUUUCUUACGCUGUGCAAAGCCAUUUCCUGUGCAGAUCAGCAUUCGCUCCGAGCGUCGUUGGGAGACGAUUAACGCAGAGUUUGCGCAGGCAGAGAAAGUAUUUAGUAGAUAUGACGUGUAG